UCAUGCUAAUCAGCCCACUUCUCAGAAACCCAUCAAUCUCCCUCCUCUCUCUCUCUCUCCCGUUGAAGAUGGCUGGAUUGACUAAGACUGUGUUGACAAUGGCGGUUUGGUCACUGGCCGUGAGCUUGUGCUUCUUCUCAUAUUCGGCAUCAGCACAGCUCAAACAGAACUACUACGCCAACGUCUGCCCCAACGUGGAAAACAUCGUCAAAGACGCAGUUACUAAAAAGUUUCAACAAACGUUUGCCACUGUCUCAGGCACCCUUCGCCUCUUCUUCCAUGAUUGCUUUGUCCAGGGUUGCGAUGCUUCGGUUAUAGUUGUGUCUACCGCAAACAACAAAGCGGAGAAGGAUCACCCGGACAAUCUGUCGCUGGCCGGCGAUGGAUUCGACACCGUGAUCAAGGCGAAAGCGGCGGUGGAUGCCGUCUCGAGUUGCCGGAACAAGGUCUCCUGCGCCGACAUUCUUGCCAUGGCAACCAGAGACGUCAUUGCACUGGCCGGAGGACCGUCGUAUGCGGUGGAGCUGGGAAGAUUGGACGGGCUGAGCUCGACGGCGUCGAGUGUGGACGGGAAGCUGCCUCAGCCUGGCUUCGGCUUGGAUAAGCUCACUUCCAUGUUUGCUGCUAAUGGCCUGUCUCGAACCGACAUGAUUGCCCUCUCAGGUAAACAAAAUCAAUCCCCCUUAAUUAAUUAUCUACUCAUUUUCUUGUUAUAAAUUUCUACUUCUUCAUUAAAAGUCUAAGUCACCCAAAAAUUGCAACCCAAUAAGAAUCAAACUUGAAUAAAGAUUAAAAGUGUCCAAUUUGAAUAAAAACCCUAAUAAUUACCUAACA